CCUAGCAGGUGCAGUCAUUUCUUACUUAGCUAAACCAAAUGGAAGAUUCUGUAAUGGUUCUGGGCCUCGGACACUAUUUUCAACACACUAUCAUAGCUUGGUAGAUCAGUUCGCUAACAUAAACCGAUCUAUUAUGGACGAAGAUGUAAACCAUUUAUGUGUUGGCCUGGGUCACAUGGCUUGUAUGGUUGAAGAACAAUCAGAGUCAACCAAUGAUUUGGAAAAUAUAACAUUUUUGUAUAAAUUUAUUCCUGGUGCAUGUCCAAAAAGUUACGGUUUCAAUGCAGCUCGAUUAGCUUUGCUACCUGACAAGGUUACCCGCCUUGGUUUAACCAAAGCAAAGGAGUUCGAAAAAACCACUGCAACACUUGCAUGCUUGAGGACACUACUGCAAGGGCUGGUUACAAUGGAGGAUCUAAAACAAUGGCAUUCUAAAUUAAAGUCAUUUUUAUAACAGAACAACUGCAUCUUAAAAAUCAUAUUUAUUCACCUUUUAAACUUCACACUAGAUUUUAUUUUUCACUAAUACAUAUCUACAUCCUAAUUUCCUUCCGUCAUUUGAUAAGGUCAAGUUUUUUUUUUUUUGAGGAAACAGGAUUGUUUUGUCGAUUUAGACUUCCUGCACGCCUAAUGGUUUUAGUGGCAGAAAAAAUUAUGCGUAUACAUGAAUUAGGAGUAUUAAGUUACAAUUCAGCAAAAUAGUUUAUUCUUAAAACCGUACACAGAAUGUUCUUUGGGACGAACAACCAAUACAAGGUAUCAGAGGUUAACAAGUUGAUUCAGUACUUGUAAAUAUAUGCUUAUUUUCAGAUUUAUACUGCAUAUAAUUCGUAAGACGAA